UUCAAGAUGGUGGCCUCCUGAUACGGCAUGUGUAUCAACAAUUUCAAGCCAUUGAUAACGCAUUUUAUAUUUUAAAUCACGGGAUAUACAUAAUUUCUGUAUUUGGUGGUGUGAUAAUACAACAAAAUGAAGCUCAAAGCCAAGCCCCCGUCUCAUAAAUCAGAAAACACUUACCGCUUUGUCACGUUUUCUGAGAGGCUCGCAAAAGUAAACAUUGAUGUCAUUCAUCGCAUUGACAGGACUGGAAGUUAUGCAGAGGAGGUAGAAACCUAUUUUUAUGAAGCCCUAUUAAAAUGGAAAGACCUGAAUUUGACAGAACACUUCAAGAAGUUUUUUCAAGAGGUGUCAAGCAAGAGUCAGUCAUUCAACAUGCUGGUGUUUCACCAAAACGCUAUCGUGGAGAGUUUGAAGACCUACCUGUCAGUGAAGAACAUGGCUGUGCAGCCUCUUCUAGAUCUCGUAGUUCAGCUGGCUCGUGAUCUCCAGAUGGACUUUUACCCUCACUUCUGCGACUUCUUCGUCAUCAUCACGUCUGUACUGGAAACACAAGACACUGAGGUGUUGGAAUGGGCCUUCACGAGUCUGUCAUAUCUGUACAAAUACCUGUGGAGGAUGAUGGUGAAGGAUAUGGACAAGAUAUACAGUCUUUACAGUAAACUUCUGGCACACAAGAAGGAACACAUCCGCAACUUUGCUGCUGAGAGCUUCUCUUUUUUGAUGAGAAAGGUGUCUGAUUAUGAUGCUCUCUUCACACUCAUGUUCUCCAACCUGUCUGAGAGCCCUCAGAAGGCCAGAGGAGCAGGUCAGCUGAUCUUUGAGAUGUGCCGAGGAGUCUGUAACAUGUUCCACUCCUGUGCCACCAAGGCUCUUCCAGUGGUGUUGCAGAAACUUGGCCCAGCAGCCGGUCAGGACAUUGAUUUACCUUGGGAUUCAGUAAAAGAAACUCUGGAUCACAUGGCUGAGUCUUCAGCCAACUAUGUUGACAAAGAGCACCUGCUGGUCCUGUGGGAUGCCUUACAAGUCUCUCUAAAAGAAAUUCUUGGAAAGUUAGAGACAAGCAAUGCUGAUCAAGCUAAUGAGCACCUGGAGAGGAUUCUGUACAUCUACCACACACUUGUGGAGCAUCGCAAAGGAGCAAAGAUAACAAAACCACAGUCUGUUUGUGAGACACUUCUUCAGCUUGCUCAGGCACCAGGACUGUCCUACUCCUGCCACAGGCUGCUUUUACAAGUGGUCUCUGCUCUAUUGAUGGGGGAGAAUCUGUCAUUACCUGCAAGCAGCAUCCAUGAACUACUGAAAAAGGUCUUCAAUAGCAGCAUGGACAGAGACCUCAUAUUAUCAUUUACCAAAGAGAUGUUUGACAUGAAACAGUUUGAGCAGUUGCUCUUACCCAGUUUGCUGCAGUAUCUGGAGCAGCUCUUCUGCAUGGAGGACUCUGUAAACCGACAGCUGGCUCUGGAGCUGCUGGUUGGUCUGAUUUUGUCGAAAGCUCCACCCCCCACUGACGGCUCCAUGGCUUUUGAGAAGUACCCAUUGAUCUUCACUGGACAGACUGUCAGGUCAACUGGACCUGAAAGAGACCAGGCAGUCUCUGUUCCCCAGCAGAUUCUUUCUCUCAUAGACAUCUCUGCCGAUCAGCCGCUGUCUGAUCUUUCCCAUCCCUGGGCUGCACUGGUGCUGCUCCCACAUGUCAGACCGUUAGAAGCAUCAAGCGUUAUACCGGCCAUCACUGCACUACUGAACAGAUUACUGCAAGAGGUGUGCAAUGAAACUCUGGGGAGAGGAGGGCUAUUUGUAGCCCGACAGGCUCUAAGCACCCUGCUCAGCUUCAAGGAGACGGCAGCAGUAGAGUCGCUCCUGCCUGCAGAGUUGGUCAGAAACAUCAUCGAGAAAUUCCCCAUGGAUCUGUCAGCGCUGCUGUUAGGAGAUCUGUACUACACCAGACUGGCACUCAAUGGCUGCUCGGCUCAGCUGUCCCAUGAUUCUCUUCUGGAAUUGUACCAGAUACUACAUUCCAAUUUUUCUUCCAACAUUUCCAAGAUUCGUUUGCUGACCCUCAGAAUUAUGUCAAAUUUUGAGGCUGAUCUUCCGAAACCACCAGAGGGAGAGGAGAGCUCAAAUGCGCAGACGGUGUUCGCCGUGUGUCUGCAGGCAGAGCAGGUCCCGGCCACAGUGCAGGACUACAGGGAGAAACUGCUACACCUUCGUAAACUCCGUCAUGACCUGGUGCAGCCCUGUCUGCCCAAGGGACCUUUCCAUGAGGUUCCUCUUCGUUAUCUUAUUGCAAUGCUGUUUGUCAAUUUCCGACCUCUCUGGGAUGCAGUUAUUGAUCUGUUGGUGACCCACGCUAAAGAAAUGGACAACAAGUCUUUCUGGAAGGUCUAUUAUGAACAUCUAGAGAUGGUUGCUGGUCUAGCUGAGGAAGAGCUUCAGGCAGAUGAUGAUGAAGAUGAUGAUGAGGAGGGAGGCAGUGAACAACAUCAAGCCGCAAAGCAGCUUCGAGGUCCAGGGACCAGUGUGAUUGAAAGCGGGGAUGUGGGAGUUUUGUUUCUGGAACUGCUGGACCUUGUGCUGAAUCCCACUGAGCGGACAGACUUCACAAACUUCCGCGGCCUGCUUUGGCGAGUAAUGGCCCAGUUUCCUGACAGAGUGGAGCCACGCAGUAGAGAGCUCAGCCCAUUACUGCUGCGCUUCAUCAGUAAUGAGUUCUACCCAGCUGACCUGCAGAUGGCUCCCACACAGGACCUCAUAAAGAAGAACAGCUCCUCAUCAGAGCAGGAAAUGGGUGAAGAGGUAGAUGCUGACAUGGAAGAAAAGGAAGAAGAUUCCAAACAACCCAAGAAGAAGAUCCCUAGAAAAGCAGCAGCCAAGCAGCUCAUUGCACACUUGAAGGUCUUUUCCAAAUUCUCCAACCCAAAAGCUUUAUAUAUGGAGGCAAAACUAAUUGAACUGUACACCCAACUUCUGUGCCAUAAAGACCAACAAAUCCAGAAAAUAGCACUGGACUGUUUGAUGACAUACAAAGACCCAAACAUUCUGCCUUACAAAGAGAAUCUGGAGAGACUUCUGGAUGACAAGCACUUUAAAGAUGAGAUUAUCCAUUUCAACAUCUCAGAAGAAGGAACCGUGGUACUUCAGUCGCACAGACCCCAACUCAUUCCCAUGCUUAUGAGGAUACUGUAUGGGCGGAUGUGCCCUAGGGUUGGUAAUAGGUUUCAGGGUAAGGCGAACACAGCUUCACGUUCCUCCAUAGUGCUGCGCUUCCUGGCAGGCUGUCAGCCAGAGGAGUUGGGCAUGUUUAUAGAUCUUCUGCUGGAGCCUGUUUGUCAUCAUGCUGAAGGAUCGUGUCUGGCUGCGGUAGAACAAGCUGUAGCCGAGACGAACCUGUCUGCUGUUCUCCCUCUGGGUCGCCAACACAGCCUGCUCAACACCAUAGAAAUGCUCAUCCAUAAAAUGGGCCAUCUCAUCCACAUCUACCUGCCCAAAGUUCUGCAGAUCCUGCUGUGCAUCACUGCCUCAGUGUCAUUUAUACUGGAUCACAGAGAGCAGCUCAAGCCCGGUUGCAUCAAUCCUCUGAAGAACUUGCGGCGUCUGGGGAUUCUGCGCAUACAAGACUUCUUUGAUGACUUUGAGUCUUACAGCUUCACUGCAGAUGAGCUGGACGCAGUGUUUCAAGCUGUGGUGUGGCCUAAGAUUUGUCUUCUUCCCACUGAAAGCCCGUAUUCACCAACGCCCCUUCUAAAAGUCAUCCGUGUGUGGAGCCAAAAUCCUAGGUAUUUUCCUUUGCUUGCUAAGCAGAGAACAGGCCACCCUGAGUGUGAUGUCCUGCGCAAUGUAUUUGCUCUGUUAUCCUCCAAAAACGUGUCUGCCAUCACGACGGCCAUGGUGAUGGAUAUAGCCGAGAGCUUGCUGACCACUCCAGACUAUGAGCCCAAGGAGAAUGAAUCAGAUCUGAUUGUGAACAACUGUGUGAUCCCUGAACCCGAUCAGAGCUGUGACGUAUCAGAUUCUUUGACUAUCGGCUGCCGUCUGCUCCUUCCUCACAUCCCAGCACUGCUGCAGUACCUCAGCACAGUCGUGCGUAACUCUGAACGCCUCAAGAAGAAGAAAUUCAGAGCUCAAGUCAGCAAAGAGCUCAACAUCCUCUCAAAGAUCAGUAGAUUUGUGACUGAAAAAGAACAGAGUUCAACACUCAUUGGUUUGCUUCUGCCUUACCUUCCCAAACUCAAAACUGCUCAGGAAACAGAGCUGGAUAUCCUGGGUACGGUGAAGAACCUGCUGAGACAGUGUUCAGAGCCCAACAUGUUCCUCAAGCCUCUCAGCAAGCUUUUGUCCAUCAUCCACAACAGACUUUCACGUCAGGCUCUGUGUGAAGUGUUUCAGACUCUGUCAGACAUGGAAGCUGAACUGAAGUACAUCACAGACGUUGUGAUUCAGCUCAACGCGUUUGAUAGCCGCCAUUUGGACGAGAUUCACUUUGACGUGCGUCUCGUAGCGUUCCAGAAGGUCACCAAGCACGUUAAAGAGAUGAGCACUCUGGAUAUGAGAUACCUGACUGCUAUCAUGCACAACUGUUUCCAUUCUCUAGAGAUCGGUGACAUGUCUCUGGCAGACAGCGCCACCAUGUGUUUGUCAGCCGUAAUAACGCAGCUCUCUGAAGUUGGAUGCCCUGAGGCAGAAUACAAGGAGAUUGUGCAAUACAUGAUACUGGAUGCAAUACGAAAGGGUUUGAAGAGCAAGACUGAGAGUGUACGAAAUGAUUACACUACAGUUCUGGCCUGCCUGGUGAAGACCUUCCCAAACCGAUCAGAGUUUCGUGAUCUGGUGCAGCUGACGGACUAUAAUGAUCCCGAGUCAGAUUUCUUUGAGCAUAUGAAGCACAUACAGGUUUACAGAAGGGGUCGAGCGCUCAGGAAGUUCGCCAGGCAGCUGACCGAGGGCAAGGUUGUGAUGUCAUCGCGCUCCAUGCAGAAUUACAUCAUGCCCUACGCCAUGAUCGCUCUAGUUGACGAAAAACUGCUGAAGUAUGAACCCAUGACAACAGCAGCCGUAGAAGUUAUUGGUGCCGUGUGCAGACGCUUGACCUGGUCCAAGUACUUGUUCUACCUCAAACACUUCGUCCAUAUUUUGCAAACCGGAAUAGCUGAGCAGAAACUGGCUGUCAGCAUGUUGCUGACUGUUCUUGAUGCGUUCCACUUUGACCAUGAGACUCUCAGUAAAGAAAUCGAGGCAGUCAAGAACAAGAAGACAGAGCCCAGUGUUGUGGUGGAAGCAGCUGAAGACGAGGCAGCGGAAACCAUGGACACGGAUGAGAGUGAUGCUGAAGAUGCCAUGGAAACCGAUGAGGCUGGAGCAGCUGUUUCCACAGCCACAGUUGCUGAGACGGAAGGCCCUGCCAAACCAAAAGAAAGCAAAGCGAGUCAGAUGAAGAAAGUUCCCCCUGUCGUCAGCAGUGGUCUUCCACAGAGUGAACGGGGUCUAGAGGCGCUCAUUUCCAGCAUUCAUCACACGGUCACUCAGAGCGUCCUGCCUAAACUUCACAAGUGCCUCACUGCAAAGGUUAAACGAGAUGACGAGCACAAGAUGGUGAAGUCUAAGGAGGUGAAAGAUGAAGAAGUGGUCAGAGUGCCUAUUGCAUUUGCCAUGGUUCAGCUCAUGAAGUCUCUGCCAAAGGAGGUCAUGGAAGCCAACUUGCCUGGCAUCUUCCUGAAAGUGUGCGUUCACCUGAGGAGCCGUUUCCAGGAGAUCCGUGAUGUCGCUCGAAACACUUUGGUGAAGAUCAUAGAGACGCUUGGGCAUCAGUACCUUCAUUAUCUGCUCAGCGAGAUGCAGGCGGUCUUAGUGAAGGGGUAUCAGGUCCAUGUUUUGACCUUCACUGUGUACCAUUUGCUCUCUGUCCUAAAAUCAUCCUUGACCGGAGGAGAUCUCGACCCAUGCAUGGACAUGCUCAUCACGAUCUUCAACAACGAGUUAUUUGGAGCUGUUGCUGAGGAGAAAGACAUCAAAGGAAUCGUUUCUAAAGUGAUGGAGGCCCGUCACAGCAAGAGCUCAGACUCGUACGAGCUUCUUGGCCAGUUCUGCGGUCAGGAGCGCGUCAUUCACCUCAUCCUGCCACUCAAAGAGAUACUUGAGAACACAGCCAGUCUGAAGGUGUCGAGGCGAGUGCAUGCUGUGCUCAGGAGGAUUGUGGCGGGACUUUUGCUCAAUCAGAGCAUGAGCCCUCAGUCCAUCCUACUGCUCAGCCACGGUCUCAUCAGUGAGAGUCUCCCGCUCAUUACCAGCAAAAACAAAGAGAAGCAGCAUCUACCUCCAGAUCCUCGCCUGCCGCCGCCAAGUUGUUUACUGCUGCCGGCCACUCCUAAGAGAGGAGGCGCGAGACCUGCCAUUAGCAGCAGAACAAACAUGCACAUCCUGGUGGAAACGGGUCUCAGUCUGCUUCACUGUAGUCUGAAGAGUUCAAAGAUCAACUCAUCUGUCCUGUCAGUAAAGGAGAUGCUGGAUCCUUUCGUUUCUCUCCUCCUGGACUGUCUGAACUCUAUGCAUGUGAAGGUGAUUACAGAGGCUCUGCAGGCCUUCAUCUGGAUCCUGAAGUUUCCUCUGCCGGCGGUGGAGCAGAAUUACGACCAGCUGACCAAGCAGCUCUUUGUCCUGCUGAAGGACUACGCUAAAGCUGGAGCCGGCCGGGGAGAGAACUUCCACCUGGUUCAGAACUGCUUUAAGGCCAUUUCUGUUUUGGUGAAGAGCAUGACAAAACCUGUAACAGAAGCACAGCUGCAAGUGCUUCUGGGAUAUGUUGAGGAAGACAUUUAUGAUCGCUCGCGGCAAGCCACCGCAUUCGGCCUCCUGAGGGCGAUUCUCUCCAGGAAACUGGUGGUGCCGGAGAUGGAGGAUGUUAUGAAAAAAGUGGCCAAGUUUGCCAUCGACGGGUCAAACGAACAGGUCCGCAUGCGCUGCAGACAGAUCUAUCUGAAGUACCUGAUGGACUAUCCACUGGGCAAGAAACUGAGGAGACAUUUCGACUUCAUAGUUGCUCAGCUUACUUAUGAAUAUGACACUGGAAGACAGUCUGCCCUGGAGUUAAUGGCUUUCAUUUUCCAGAAAUUUCCUCAGGCUCUAUUGCAUGAGCACUGCGGUUUGUUUUUUGUGCCUUUGUCGUUGGCCAUGUUGAAUGAUGAUUCUGCGACCUGUAAGAAAAUGGCGGCUCUGGCCAUCAAGUCUUUGCUGAGUCAGUUGGAUUUGCAGCGUCAAAAUUCCAUGUUUAACCUGGUUAACACCUGGCUUACAGCCGAGAAGGCGGCUCUGAGGCGACUCGGAGCUCAGGUUUGUGGGCUGUUUGUGGAAAUUGAAGGGGAAAAGUUCAACCGGAGACUGGACGUCCUGAUACCUCUGAUUGAGAAAGAGAUCCAUGCUUCCAACUUUGAGGACAUUGAGGAAGAGGAGGAUGAGAAGGCUGCGGACAGACUGCUCUUCUGUUACCUCACGUUCGUCGUCAAGCUCAUCAAGGAAUGCAGCUUUUUGGAGCUUCACAAACCCGCAGACCUGCUCAACAGCAUCUGGAGUCAUAUUGAUUCCCAUCUGCGUUACCCUCAUUGCUGGGUCUGGCUGAUGGCUUCUCAGAUCUUUGGCUUGCUGUUUGCUGCUCGUAAACCAGAGGAGCUCUUGGCCAUAUGCAGCUCUCAGGAGAACAUGAGUAAAACCACACAGCCUGUGGCCACCGCUUUUCUCAUAGACAACCUGUCUCAGAAGAUGAGAGAGCUGGUCCUGGCCUUCUGUUACCAACUGCAGUCCAAGUUCUUGGAUAUUUCUGCUGGAGAGCAGGUGGUCAAGAACUUACUUUAUGUGGCCAAAGUGAUCUACCUCAUCUCACCAGAGUCUGAUACCACAAAUCCAGCUGAAGAACAGGAGGGUGAGGAGAAAGAAACAACGGAUAACAUGGAGGAGAACGAAGGGGAGGAAGAAGAGGAGGAAGAUAAGAAGCAGGAGCUUGAGGAGCAACAGAAUGAGAACAAGCCUCCGUCUCUUCUCUGGGUGAUGAAGAAGCUUUCAUUACUGGCCAAAAGAGAAGCAGCAGACACACCAAAAGUGCCUUUGAAGAGAACUUGUGUUUUUAAGUUCUUGGGAGCCAUAGCUGUGGAUCUCGGAAAAGAUCGACUAGGACCGUAUCUGACCACUAUCAUCGCUCCUCUCUACAGAGAGCUGGACAGCACAUAUGCAGACCAAGACCCCACACUAAAGAAUCUGGCUCAGGAGUUGAUCGAGUUGUUGAAGAAGCUGGUCGGUCUGGAGCGGUUCUCUCUGGCUUUCGCAGCAGUGCAGAAAGCAGCCGCUCAGAGACGAGCUUCACGAAAGAAAGCCAAAGCCAUGCAGGCUGUUGUAAAUCCUGACAUUGCUGCCAGAAAGAAGGUUAAGAAGCAGUUAAAGAAAAACGAGGCCAAAAAGCGGAAAAUCGCAUUUGUGCGUACAGGACAUAAAGCAAAGAAACAUAAAGGCACAUCGCUGAAAGACUUGGCUAUAAUCAGCUGAUUAAUUUGCUGCUGUUUAAUGUUUCUUUG